AUGCCGAGCGUCAACCUGAAAUUCUCGGCCUCGCUCCGCGGCUCCCACCCGCACAAAUUGAUCCGGUUCCUCGCGAGCAGCGCGACCACCGCCGCGAUCCCGUCCCCCCGGACCAAUCUGUGGCUCCUCGCGAGAGCUAGCUCGAGCGCGCGGAGAUCGCCGGCGGCGGCAUUGUCGCGCGCGUGGGUUGCGGCGCCGUUGGACGGCCGCUAUGGAAUUCUUCGUGGAAGGACCUCGAGUGGCGCCGGAUCGUACUUCGUCAGGCGCGCGAGCAGGGGUUGUAAGUGCGACUCGAGUUCUAGCUCAUCCGGCAUCGAGGGUGGCAAAAAUGAGGGCUUGCUGCGUGAUGAUGGCGGAAAGAGCAGUUCGCAAUUGGAAAGCGGGAAUCAACGACCGCCACCGCCGUCGGUGCAGAAUCAGGAAGAAAAGACUGAUCAGCUGUUGACGUUGCCGACGAUAUUAACGCUUGGUCGUGUCGCCGCCGUGCCCCUUCUAGUUAGUACCUUUUAUUUGGAUACACAGUGGGGUACUACGGCUACAACAGGCAUUUUCAUCGCAGCAGCAAUUACGGAUUGGCUCGAUGGAUACCUUGCUCGUAAGAUGGGUUCGGGCUCUGCAUUUGGUGCUUUUCUAGACCCUGUUGCGGAUAAGCUUAUGGUCGCAGCCAUAUUGGUCCUGUUGUGUAGCAGACCUUUGGAAAUUUCUAUGUUUGGGCAGGUGCCGUGGCUAAUCACUGCACCUGCUAUUGCUAUCAUAGGUAGAGAGAUAACUAUGUCUGCAGUGAGAGAAUGGGCUGUUUCUCAAGAUAGCAAGCUUUUAGAGGCUGUUGCUGUAAAUAAAUUGGGGAAGUGGAAAACUGCUACUCAGAUGACAGCACUUACCAUUUUACUGGCUACUCGAGACAGCAGUCUUAGAGGAGCUGAAUCUUUAGUGGCUUCUGGAGUUGUGUUGCUCUAUACCUCAGCAGGGCUAGCAUUAUGGUCUUUGAUAGUGUAUAUGAAGAAGAUAUGGAAAGUGUUACUUAAACAGCACUCUUAGCCUUCAGAUCGCAUUUUUUGGCCAACCUUGCCUUUUACUUGUUUGGUCCCUGCACUGUGCUCCUCAGAUAAGGUUUUGAAUGGAGGUAAACUUGACUGAUAACACUAUUCCUUAGUACACUAAUAUACUGAUUUCUUUCUUUGGAAUCUUUGCAAAGGUCAGUAAUAGAUAUUAUCGGGUUUUUUUCCCCUCUUGUAGAUUCAACGUUUUAUAGAGUUCACAGCAUCCUCAUACAAAUCCUGGAAACUCUGCCUAUCAAGGAAUGUGUAAAGGGUCGACAAUUCAGUAUCUUUAUCUUUCAGAAGACCUCUCAUAGGGAUAUGCAUAUAGGGUAACGGGGUUCUCCAUUGGGAUUCUCUUGUCACAAAUCCUGGAAACUCUGUAACAGAUAUUGAUGUUGGAUUCACAUUCUUGACUUCAGAAAGUGCUGAAUAAGUUGUUUCUUUGAAUUUUGUAGCCCUCGGGGAGUAUGUCAACUUUGCGAACAUUACUGAUCUUAUUCAGGUUUGGCCUGACUGAGUUAUAUA